UCCGGGACCAAGGAGGAGUGUCUGACAGUUGGCGCCGCCGGGAGGGUGGGCCGGCUGCGCGAAUGGGCGCAGGGCCGGUGGGCCAGGCUGGCUGUGAGAAGUCACUGACUACAAACUCAAUUCCUGGCAUGUAGAAAGCACUCACAAGGACUUACUCCAUGGGCAUCGGAAUCAAGGAGAACUUGUUUUUGAAUCUCAGUAAGGCUCCAGGGAGCAGUGUCUGGCCCAGCGAGACGAUGGUCUCAGUGACUAUGGCCACCUCUGAGUGGAUCCAGUUCUUUAAGGAAGCUGGCAUUCCUCCAGGACCUGCUGUUAAUUAUGCAGUGAUGUUUGUGGAUAAUAGGAUCCAAAAGAGCAUGCUGUUAGAUCUCAACAAGGAAAUCAUGAAUGAGCUGGGCGUGACUGUGGUGGGUGACAUCAUUGCCAUCCUAAAGCAUGCCAAGGUGGUACACCGCCAGGACAUGUGUAAAGCUGCCACUGAGUCAGUGCCCUGCAGCCCCAGCCCGCUCCCAGGAGAACUUCAACUUCGCCGUGGUGCCUCUAGUGCUGCCUCCCGAAUGAUCGCCAAUAGCUUGAACCGAGACUCCCCACCCAGCACUCCCGCCAGACGGUCAGACACCAGCACUUCCAAGAUCUCUGUCACUGUGUCCAACAAGAUGGCAGCAAAAAGUGCCAAGGCUGCUGCAGCUCUGGCCCGAAGGGAGGAGGAAAGCCUGGUUGUUCCCACCAAGCGUCGCCGCGUCACUGCUGAGAUGGAGGGGAAAUACAUCAUCAACAUGCCCAAGGGUACCACCCCCCGGACCCGCAAGAUCCUGGAGCAGCAGCAGGCGGCAAAAGGUGUCCACAGAACAUCUGUGUUUGACCGCCUCGGUGCUGAGACCAAGGCAGACACGACGACGGGGAAUAAACCCACGGGAGUUUUCAGUCGCCUCGGGGCCACUCCAGAGAUGGAUGAGGAUUUGGCAUGGGACAGCGACAACGACAGCAGCAGCUCUGUCCUGCAGUAUGCUGGGGUCCUGAAGAAGCUAGGACGGGGCCCAGCCAAGGCCAGUCCCCAGCCAGCACUGACUGUCAAAGCCAAGGCCACAAGCUCAAUGACAACGACGGCUGCCCCAACACUGCGGCGCCUGACGCUUUCCUCACGCCCUGGGCUGGAGAGGAAGCCAGAGUCUCUGUCCAAAGUCAGCAUCAUCCAGAGACUGGGCAAGGCCACCCUUGUGCCUGAGGCCCAGGACAGCCAGGUCACAAGCACCAAGAGUAAGUCCUCGGCUGAGGUCAAGGUCACCAUUAAGAGGACUCUGGUGGGGCCCCGGGGGAGCAGCUCCACUGAGGGCCUUGGUGCCCAGAUGGACCAUGCAGGCACUGUGAGCGUGUUCAAAAGACUGGGCCGCAGGACCUUCUAGCCCAUGAGCGGGGCGGGGUGCAAAUGGCAGAAUUGCCGGCCUGUGUCUGGCCCCUCUUCAGGCUCCUGGUCCCUUCAGAGCCUUCUUCGAGGGCCUGUCCGCCCACCUGCCAGCUCCUGGUGACACUGCUUGUCUCCCUCAGGCACUCACACUGGGCCUGAGCACUCUGGGGAAUCGCCCAUAGUUCCUGGUCUGGCUGGUCACUGGCCUGGCUUUGCCUGCCAUGGGACUUCCCUUCUCUCCUGCCCUCUGUUCUCUGCUGUCUGGCCAUGGCCUUGGCAGAAUCCACUUUUCUACCUCUUCCAAGUGCCAAGUGCCAUCAUCUUUCCUGUGACCCCUUCCUCCCUCUUAGCAGCACUUGCUGCCUCAAACUCCAGCUCCUUAGCUCCCUGUUCCCCUGCCCACGCUCAAAGUGGGUGUCCCCCCCGGGGUCUCCCUUCUCCUGGCACCCAGCCUUUCUCCCUCCUCUGCCCCUCCCCAUUGCUGUAACUCCUCUCUUUCUUCCUCUUCACUCUGUUCAUUUCUCUU